AGUAAAGUAACGACAAACAAAACAAUUCUUACAAGAGUGUGAGAAACUAAGGAGUGCGCAAAAACAAAUUUAUCAAAAAUGUCUCUGUUGCCAUAUUUUGAUCUGGAACGACCUUUCCGCCUCAUGGAGAGGGAAUUCUUCAGGCCAAACGAAUAUUUCGGCUUCUCGCCAUUUUCUUUAGCACACAGGAACUUCGGCGAUCCAAGACACUGGAACAACUCAUUCCGGCCAUUGGAAACCCUGAUGCGGCCCAUGGAACAGCUGUCGGCGGCCAUGAACCAACUGGCACUGAACGAGUUAGGUACAAAAAUUACUACCGACGAUGAGAAAUUCCAGGUGAACGUGGACGUGCAACAUUUCGCGCCAGAAGAGAUAAAUGUCAAAGUACUCGACGGCCAAGUUGUCAUUGAAGGUAAACAUGAAGAGAAGCGAGACGAUCACGGAUACGUUUCUAGGCAUUUCGUGAGGAGGUAUGCGCUACCACAAGGAUGUUUGCCUGACACUGUGGAGUCGAAGUUAUCUUCAGAUGGUGUUUUGACCGUCACCGCGCCAAAAGUCUUGGCUUUGCCGUCGACAGGUGAGCGGAUUGUGCCAAUAACCCACACUGGGCCAAUCAAGAAGCAAAUCGGAUCUAAUGAAUUAGCCGAGGCUAAGUGAAUACGUCGAAAAUAGUCAUUUUUUUAAAGACUGAUUACUUUUUUUUAAUAAUACCUGUGCUAUGAUUUUGUGAUUACCGCCUAUGUAAUAAAUUUUAUCUUGUAAAUGA